AUGGCGUUCUCCGGCGGAUCUAGUGGUUCCCGCCUUCAAUCUCCAUCUGGUUCCUUGUUCUUCAUCCCUGAAAGUCGAUUGAGACUCGUUCUUAGCAUCCUCGACGCAUCUCCGUCUUCUGUCCGUCGUUCUCAUCGUCGGCCGCCGCCACCUCCGGGGCUCCAGUCUCCGUUGAGGUACCGGGGGUGUGCAUUCGGUCCAUCUCAUCGUCGUUUCCGGCGCUCCGGCUCUAGAGCCGUCGAGGAAUCAGAGACGACAAAGAUGGCCCCAGGCGUAGGCGACGCCGAUGAAGGGGAGUUUGAUCACUCCCAGAACGACGAGCUGCGGAUGUGCGGGUUAGCUGGGGAUGAGGAGGAGGAUGAUGUCCCCGAGGACUGCGCCAAGCUAUUUGGGCGGUCUGCUGCUGAUCCCCUUCCCUGUGACCAAGAUGCGGUCCCGGUCCACGGGGAAGGGCCCGAUCCCGAUGCCGACGGUGGCGACAGUGAGGUGGCAGGCUCCAAUCGGCCUUCUACCUCUGCUGUCUGGGAUGAUUUUGAGAAGCACUUCAAGAAGCUAUUUGGGCGGUCUGCUCCAAUCUUUGCUGUUCUUUGCUCUUUGCUGUUUUUUGCUGGCAUUGUCUGA